AUGUCGCAACUCUACAGAGAUCCCUGGGCAAAGCGUGAAGCAUGGCGCAAGCAUCCCAUCUUCUCCCACCGAUUCUACAUGCGCAACAUCUUCCCUGGAUUCGGAAUCGCUCUAGGGGCUUUCACUGUCUACCUGGCAGUAGACGCGCUGACCCACCCGGCCAACAUUGAGAAGCUAAAGGAGGACGCUAGGAAGCAGCGUGGCGAGGAGUAG